UCACUUUCUGUUUACUAGAAAUCAUGAGGAUGUUUCAAGAGUGAAAAUACCGACACAUAAAUUAAGAUUAUAUUACUUUUGAUCUGGUAUUUGACGAACCUCUCGUCCAAAAGUGAUUGUGACUAGUUUGUUUAUUAUUAUUAUUAUCUGUGUUGGUUGACGUCGUGACAGUAUUAUGCGUGUCAGUAUUUGACGUCCCACUCAGCCAACACACAUCUAAACAGUGACUGUUUCUCCGUGGGUCUUACCUGGCAGCGUAAUAAAGGUUGAUUAACAGCAGCAGAAUAGGCCUACCGUCCUUAAUCUUAUCUUUUCAAGAUCAGAGCAGAGGACAGCAAAUCCUGUUUCCCUACAGCAGCAUCAGUGUGACACGUUUGAUUCAGGCAAAGACGAUGAGUUUCGAAAAGCCAAACAGGAUCCUCUCACCAGAUGCAGCAUGUGCCCUUACAAAGUGGAGGACUGAGACAUUCUUCACCAUUCUGACUGGGAAUACUCUGCGGUCUCAUGAGGAAAUCAAUCGCUGUCUCACUGCAGAAGGUUUAACUGAGGUGACGUCACUAGAAGAGAGUAAUGUCAUCCUGGCUUUCUGUCCCAUCGUCUCUCGUGCUGGGACUGUUGAAGCAGCACUGCAGAAGAUUCCAGCUGGUAAACCUGUCAUCCUGGUAGUGCUGCAUCACACCUUAGAUCCAGUCUACACUGUACCUGACAGUAGCAGACUAGUGACCAGAGAGGAUGUAAGACUCACAGUGGACUGUCUCUUCCAUGAGAACCAGGGACUACUGGAGUGUCCUCACAAUGAAGAUGCAAUUAGAAAGAUUCUGGACAGGCUAGAAAUACAGCCAAAGAAUGAUGAGGUCUGGGAACUAAUCAGAAAAGAAGAAGCCAGUGAUGCCCCUGAGCAGGAAAACCUAGAGGCAAGGACAAUGAGUUUGGAAGAGCAAAUCAGGGGCCUCUCACCAGUUGCAGCAUCUGCCCUUGCAAGAGCUGGAAUUAAAGAGGACAUUGAUAUUCAAGAGUUAACAAGAGAUGAUCUGAACGAACUUCUGCCAGGCCUUGAGCAUUUCAAACUUAGGAAGAAGAUCAGUGAACUUCUAACCCAAUCUAAACAGGACACAGCUAAACCUAUCGAUUUAAUUCUUAACGAGUUUAGGGAAUUCCUUCCAGCUGUUGUCAUGAAGAAUGCACUUGUUCCUGGGGGAGUGUUACAUGGCUACGUCCCUAUUCUUAACGAUUUGAAGAAGCAGCUGGCCAAAGCCCUGCACUUCAUUCAGGAACACGUUGAACUGCUUGAGAGCUACAAUAAAGAGCCCAUGGAGGCUGAGGGCAAUGCUGUGUCCCCAUCAGCUGACUCUGCUACAGCAGGAAACCAGCUAUCCAAUGUUGCAGCCUUAGGUGCUGUAGAGGUCCACCCCAAACGACCAAGAAUAGAUCUGCCCACCAGUGGUAAGUGGCAAAACUUAAAGGAAACCCCACCUCAUACUCCAGGAGCAGCUGGAAUAACAUAUGCUCCUCCAAGUACCACUGGUAGUGUGCACUUCUUGACGCAAGGCAAACUGAAGACCUCAAAAUCAUGCUCUCCGUACACUUCAGGAGCAGCUGAUAUUGAGCCAUCUGCAACAUCCUACAAAGAUGGGUCCUCAUCAGUACUUGGUAACAUCCAGGCCCCAAAAGAAAAGGAAGGAAAAGAACCUGGAAGAUGGAGUUUCAUUAGAUAUGUAACAAGACAUUGGCCGGAAGUGAAAGUCUAUUCCCAAGUGUGUGGAAAAACACUGAACACUCACCUUGCACUCAUGAAACAAGUGGAGGAUCUGGGUCUUAAACGAAAGGAGACCAGUGUAGAGGACUGCCAAGUCAUAAUGGUCUUCUGUCCGGUUACAUCUCGUGUGGGAACUGACAUCGAGGCUGCCAUGAGCCAAGUUCCAGGUAACACAGAUGCCAUUCUAGUGGUGAUGCACCAUACUUUUGAUCGCUACUUUGUCACAGACCAGAGAUCUGCAUCUCACUACAAAAGCGUAGUAGAGAAAGUUAAUGUUCUCUUCCAUGACUCUGUGGGACUUCUGCAUUGUAAAACAAAUGAUAUUGCAGUGACUCUCAUACAUAAGGCCUUACUGAAAUACAAAAGCAGUCCUUAGACAUUAAUCGCCCCAUUGUGGCAACAAAGAAAGUGUUUGAAGACUGUAACAAGAUUACAACGCCACCAACAUUAUUUAAAAAGCUAUACAUUACUACAACUUCCACCCAGGGCGUUGGUGACUCAUUCUAGUUUAGAAGAAAGCUUAUCACAAUCUGUGUAGUGAGCCAAAUUAAAUAUUAUCUUGAUUCUCAAUAAGUACAAAACUAGACGUCUCUCUGUAGAACCUCUGUUGUGAGUGAAUCUUUGAAGAUACCUCAUAUGUAUGAAUUUCAGCUUGUUCUACUUUUAGUAUUAGAAGCACUUAUAGUUUGAGGUGUUCUACUUUGUUACGUUAUGCCUCAAUCAUGAGAAUGUGUUUGUGUUUAUGAAUGUUUAGUCUUAUUCUAUGAGAAUAAAUCAAGUACAAGUGUUGCAUAAAAUAUUGAAUAACUUAGUAAUAAUAAGAUUUUUUUCUCAACUCUUCUGAUAUCAAUAGACUUACUCAUUUGUGUUGAGGAAUUUCUGUCUCUGCAGAUAGAUUUAACUAUUCCAAAGCUAAAAUAAAGAGUGCACACGCAACAUU